UUAAAUUCUUUUGUUAUACAAUUAUGAUGAGGUCAUUCAUAAAAAGCAGUUAUUACGAAAUCAUUAUUGAACGUUUGUGUGUGUGUUUCCCAUGUAAAAGUUGCCAUGGAUAUAACUGAUAUUUUUGGCACGUAUCUUCUUUUGACAAGUAUACAAUACUGUGAUGGCGUUUGCAGCUUUCCAGAUGAAUUGCGAGGAGUUUGGAUAAGUCUAUAUAAUGGCCCAAUGGUUUUUGGGUCUUCCUCUAUCUCUGGAUAUAACACAUCUAUACCAAAUAUGAAGACGUUACAUCUUAAUUGUGUUGAAAGAAAUUCUACGUUCUAUAUAUUAAAGUCUGCACAGGUUUUUAAAGUAUUUGGACAUGAGGUACAUAUGUACAUGUGUUUGGAAAUGGCACAACAGUCAGAUUCUGUUUUUCAAUAUUACAUACGAACAGAUUUCGACAAUUAUUUGAACGAAUUUAUGAAAGGACAUGGCAAGAUAAAUACUAGUACUUUAGACGAAGUCUGUGUUCCAGGUUUGGCAAAUGAAAUAUUACUGGUGCGAAAUGUUUCGUUGAUGCAAAGAUCGUUAGGGUCAAUGUGCCCUCAGAUUAUUCAAGGUUACUAUGGUAACAUAACGCAAGACAGUACAGAAAAUGGAAUAUGCAGUGAUGGAUACUUUGAUUCUUGUAAAAAGUCAACUCAUUUUAAGUUGAAUAUUGACGAAAACUGUUCAAAUAUGUUUGGAAAUACAACUUUUACUUGUGUUCAUUAUGUCGAAGAUAGUGGAAGCCAUUUAUAUGCAUGGACAGACAAUGCGAACCUUUACAAGUUUUCACCUUUUGGAUUUUUCUGUAUGAAUGUUUCACAAGCUGGCGGUGUUGUUAGUAUGUCCAUUCAUUCUGAUCUUUGUAGUUUAGCUGAUAAUACAAUUCUCAGUUUUCAAUUACAAGAUGUAUUUGAUAAAUGCUUUGAAGACACUACUAAAGAUAUCAGUACUGUCACAACAGAUAAAAAGAUGGAAAGUAACUUAAGUUCUGGCGUGAUUGUAGUGAUUGUAUUGGUUGUAUUUAUUAGUGUAACCUGUGUCAUAAUUUUCGUCUUACAUUGGCAGCGUAAAAGACUUGGUCUUAAUUGUAAAAAACGUAAAACCAAUGAGGAUUAUAGAUUUGAUGACGUUGCAACAAAAACACAAGACACUGAAUCUGUUCAAUGAUGUAUAUGUUAAUAAGACUUGAUUGUGAUUAAAA